GUGUGUGUGCGUGUUUGUGCUUGUGAUGUUUGCAAUUUUUGUUCUUUAGAGUCUGCCUUUUGUUCCAUUUUGGGAUAAGCUGGGCAUCUGGCACUAAGAGGCUAAAUUUCAUGUUUUUCAGCUUAUAAUCAGAUGGAUUUAGCAUGAAUUGCUAGAAUUUCGCUGACGAAUUUCCUCCCAGAGGCACUAAAAGACAUUGGAUAACUUGGCCUCUUGAUUUUUGCUUAUGUGGCAUUAUUUUCUAGCUGUAUGUUUUCUUUCCCAAGUUCUAGUACUGCAUGCACCGGUUCUUUCCGUUGAGCUUCCAACUUGUUAUCCCCAGCUAACCCAAGACUGUGUAUGCAAAUUUAUAAUUCUGUGAAGUGUUCCCUGUUUUGUCUUAACUUUUAAGUUGGUUUCUUUAACCCUUUGCUUUGAACCUAUUAUAUUCUACUUAUCCACUGAUGUCAAAUGACAGGGAAAAUGCGCCAAGCUCCGUUUGCGUUGGUUUAAUGAGAAGAUAAUUGUGGGAAAUGGGAGGCUGCUGUUGUUCUUCCAGGAAACCUCUUCUGCAUGGGACACCUGUGUAUUACUAUUGCCCACCAGCUUUGGAAGAGAACGAGUCCAUAAUACCUCAUGAAGGAUCAGCCUCUGCAAUGGCUGCAAGAUUCCUGGUUAAUUUGGAUUUAGAAGUACCUGAUACCUUUAGGCCACCUCCAGCACCUUUGCCUUAUGAUGUGAUCUUGGGAUGUCCACAAUCAACUGAUUCAGAAUCCUUCAGAGAAAGUAGAGGCAGUUUCGAGACUCUGCCAACAUGUGAAGAUCUUGAGGAAUCAGAUUGCAAAAUACAACCUAGCUCUUUGCUUCUUUCACCAAGAAAAUCAGAAGUGUCAAAAGUAGCCGAGUCUAAGGAAUCAACAACAGAAGAAGAGGAUGCUUGUCCUAUUUGUCUUGAAGAGUAUGACACAGGGAAUCCAAAACUCAUUACCAAAUGUGAACAUCAUUAUCACCUCUCAUGCAUUUUGGAGUGGAUGGAAAGAAGUGACACAUGCCCUAUGUGCGAUCAGGAAAUGAUUUUUGACGAGACUUUUGAUCAAUAAAGCUCAGUAUGCUGUAGAUAUAUGUUAGUUUUUGGUUCUGCAGCAGGUCAGAUGGUGUGCCUACAAGAUUGAGUUUUACCGAAUAUCUAGUUAUAUAAAAGGUUACCAUGUAUUCAGGCUGUCAAAUCUUUUAUCCUAUCCUUCAAGUUUAUGACGUCUGAGGCGAGGGUAAAGAAUCAAGUUGACACAAUAUGAUAAACACAGGUUGGGACUUGGGGUGUUACUUCUUCUCUUCCGCAGUUAAAUUUUCUGUUGUCAGUUUUCCGAUUAGUGGUGAGGAUGGCAUAAACAAUAAGGUCAUUGGAUGGAUCAGAUUCAGAUCGAAAUUAUACGGAAGGGAAAGAACAAUUGUAGUCCUGCCUUGCUUCAAUCAAUCGAGGUUUUACUUGUACAGGUUUUUAUAUCAGUUUCCUUUUGAUUGUUUCUUACUAUGUCAUGUGAUACGAAUAUUAGAUCCGUCGAAUUGUCUAUGGUCGUCUGCUUUGUUGUUUUACCUGGUGGUUCAGCCUGAUAUAAUCUAUGAUUCACGACAUCCAUUUGCUACA